CUUCUGUUACUUAUUUUUCUUUCUCCCUCUCAUCCGUCUGUUUCUCUGUUUCUCUCGUUCAACUUCUCCUCUCUUACCCGCCGUCCCUUCACAAAUUUUCCAAAUUUGUUCAGCCAAGUUAGGUCCUCCACACCACUCUCCACCGAGCCUAACACCGUAGCGACGUUCUUGAAGGCGAUGGUUGGCGAUGGUCGGCGAUGGUCUCCACAGAGCGUGGGUCUACGGUGGUUUAUGGUUUUGGUUUGGGGUUGUGGGCUUUGUAGCGAUAGUGGUGAGGUGGUGGUUGUGGUCUCAAGUAAUGGAUCUGUGGGCUGAGUUCGAUUUGCAGUGGGGGUGGUUGUGGGUUCCGAUGGAGUGGUGGGUUUACUAUAAGUUUUUUGGAUUUGGGUUUUGUUGCUGUGGAUUUGGCUGAGUUUUGUGGCCAGUGGUGGUUGUGGGUUAAGAUAUGGUGGUGCCGUGAUGGGUUGGUUGGGUUUUGUUGCUGAGGUGGUGGUUAUGGCAGAGGAUGAGGAUGAUUGGACGGGUGCAGAGGAUGACGAUGAGACCGCCUCAGUACUACAGAAGCAGCAGAUUUGCAAGUUUACAUGCCGUUCAUUGGUCUAAAUUCACAGGGAGAAGAGGUUGUUUUUGAAGCUCUUGUAUCCUCGUCUUCAAGGCUCUCUGACUAUGUGUUUCACAUUACUACAGAAGAGUCACACACCAUGACAGAGACAGAGACAGAGACAACAAUAACACUCAUUGAAACCAUGUCAGACAAUGCUGUUGGGGAAGAACAAGGUCAAAAACAAGAACAAGAAUAUGGUGAUGUCGAUUGGUUGGAUUACAUGGAUGAUGAAGAUUAUGAUGAUGGUGAUUAUAACAUGGAAGAAGAAGAAUAUGAUGAUGAUGAAGAGGAGGAGGAGGGUGAUGAAGAGGCAGUGAGGCCAGCGAGUGAAGAAUCAAUAAUGGGACUGGAGAUGGUGAGGAUUGAAGAAGGGUCGGUGGGUUUGGCUGGUGAGGAUUGUGCAGUGUGUUUGGAUGAGUUUUCUAUUGGUUCAGAAGCUAGGCGUAUGCCAUGCUCUCAUAUCUAUCAUCAAGACUGCAUUGUUCUGUGGUUAGGGACGAGUAAUUUGUGUCCAAUGUGUCGCUAUAGGUUGCCUUAGUCAGUUAGUUGUUGAUUUUUUUAUCAGAAACUAAUUGUGUUUUUAGUUAGUUCAUUUAUGUUGUCUUCUAUUGUUUUAUCCAAUUAUGGAUCAAUUUGUAUGCCUUUAAGGCUUUAGUUGUGUAGGAGGACAAUUUCUGCUUAACCUCUGAUUAAUUAGAUUCAUCUUUUCUGAGCAACAA